CACAGACUGGCGUUCAGGAUGGCAGGCUUGUCCACUUUAAUCCUCCUUUUGUGUGCUGCUAAAGAUGUGAUGCCCUCCAGUUCUCACUGGAAGCCAACUUGGCCAUCUUACAGAGUUCCAGUUAUCCUGCCACAGUCUACCCUUAACUUGGACAAACCACAGUUCGAUGCUGAAGCCAGACUGGAAGUGGUAUCUCCCUGUGGCCCAGCUUGCCACAAAAGUUCUCCGCUGCCAACUUAUGAAGAAGUGAAGAACUACCUGUCCUAUGAAACCUUAUAUGCUAAUGGUAGCCUCACUGAAACAGAGGUGGGCAUAUAUAUUUUGAGCAACAGUGGCGAUGGGUCUCAAGGCAAAUCUCGAACUAAGAGGCAGAUCUAUGGCUAUGACAGCAGGUUUAGCAUUUUUGGGAAAGACUUCUUGUUGAACUACCCAUUCUCCACAUCGGUGAAGCUAUCUACAGGUUGCACGGGCACACUGGUGGCUGAAAAGCAUGUUCUUACUGCAGCUCAUUGCAUCCAUGACGGCAAGAGUUACGUCAAAGGAGCUCAGAAACUGCGGGUGGGCUUCCUAAAGCCCAAACUGAAAGAUGGCAGCAAAGGAGCCAAUAUCACCAACUCAGCAAUUCCUGAGAAAAUGAAAUUCCAGUGGAUCCGAGUGAAACGGACACAUGUCCCCAAAGGCUGGAUCAAAGGCAAUGCCAAUGACAUUGGCAUGGAUUAUGACUAUGCCUUGCUGGAGCUGAAGAAGCCUCAUAAAAGAAAGUUUAUGAAGAUAGGUGUGAGUCCACCAGCAAGACACUUGCCUGGAGGGAGGAUUCACUUCUCUGGCUACGACAACGAUCGUCCUGGAAACCUGGUUUACCGCUUCUGUGAUGUCAAAGAUGAAACGUAUGACCUGUUGUACCAGCAGUGCGAUGCCCAGCCGGGUGCGAGUGGGUCUGGGGUGUACGUGAGGAUGUGGAAGAGGCAGGACCACAAAUGGGAGCGUAAAAUUAUUGGAAUAUUUUCAGGCCAUCAGUGGGUGGACAUGAACGGCACCCCCCAGGAUUUCAAUGUAGCCGUUCGCAUCACCCCCCUCAAAUACGCACAGAUCUGUUACUGGAUCAAAGGCAACUACCUUGACUGCAGGGAAGGAUAAAGACAAUGAAACUCCUUGAAAGCACUUA